ACUGCCAUCAGUUGGAAAAGCUCAGUAUUGGUUCGAACUUAAAUCGGGGCAAACGCAAAAUGUUUACUGUUCUCUUACUCUCAUUGGUCGCGAUCAUUUUUAUAUAUCAAUCAUAUAAAUAUGUGUUCCAUCGUCCUGCAGGCUUCCCGCCGGGUCCUCCACGACUGCCAUUCUUUGGAAGCUAUCUAUUUUUGCUCUUGGUCAAUUACAAAUAUCUACACAAGGCGGCUUUAUCACUUAGCAAGUGGUACAAAUCGGACAUAAUUGGUCUAUACGUGGGCAAAUUUCGAGUUGCCGUCGUGCACAACGGAGAGGGCGUACGCGAGAUCUUAAAUAAUCAAAGUUAUGAUGGACGUCCUGGUCUCUUUUUGAGUAAAAUGCGAGAUCCUGGCGAUUGUGUGCGAGGCAUAUUCUUUCAAGAGGGUCUUUUGUGGAAGGAACAACGUCGUUUUAUUCUGCGUUAUCUGCGAGAUUUUGGGUUUGGUCGUCGCUUCGAUCAGUUGGAGAUGGUCAUCAAUGAGGAGAUAACAGACAUGAUAGAUCUGAUACGCAGCGGUCCCCGCUAUGAGCACGAGCAUCUUCUGGUCAAGCCGGGCGGAUAUAGAAUACAAUUGCCUAUGUUCUUCAAUCCCUUCUCAGCCAAUAGCCACUUUAGCAUUGUCUACAACGAGCGGAUUCCCAGAGCUGAAAUGGGGAAGCUAGUGAAACUUGUCAACUUGGGCAUACAAUUCCAGCGCAAUGCCGAUGAUUACGGAAGAUUGUUGAGCAUUAUGCCCUGGAUCCGACACAUCUGGCCCGAAACGAGCGGAUAUAACAAACUGAAUGAGUCCAACUUGUAUAUAUAUAAAUACUUUGCAGAAUUUGUUGAUCGCCACAUAGACAGCUACGAUGAAUGCUGCGAACGCAAUUUCCUCGAUCUCUACAUAACAGAAAUGAAGAAAGGCCUACCAAAAGAAUACGGCUUCAAUCGCGAACAAUUCAUCAUGGGUCUUAUCGAUUUCUCAUUUCCUGCAUUUACGGCAAUCGGCGUUCAAUUAUCACUGAUUGUGCAGUAUCUGAUGCUAUAUCCGGAGGUCGCGAAGCGCAUACAACGUGAGAUCGAUGAGGUGGUGGGCAGUGGUCGCUUGCCCACGCUGGAGGAUCGCCAAAAGAUGCCCUAUACGGAGGCAACGAUACGAGAGAAUCUCCGCAUUGAGACUUUGGUACCUUCCGAUGUUCCACACAAAGCUCUAGAGGACACUGAACUAAUGGGCUAUCAUAUACCCAAAGACACCAUAGUCCUUCCCAGUCUAUACGCUAUGCACUUGGACAAACGGAUGUGGAAGGAUCCCGAAAAUUUCCGACCUGAACGUUUUUUGGACGAUGAUGGCAAAUUGUGUCUCAAGAAGGACGUAUCUCUACCUUUUGGCGCUGGCAAACGAUUGUGUGCUGGGGAGACCUUUGCACGGAAUAUGCUCUUCCUAAUGACUACAGCCAUGUUGCAGAGCUUUGACUAUACUCUAGCCCCGGGCGAUAGCUUGCCUGAUCUAGCCAAGAAUCAUAAUGGCCUUAUUAUAUCGCCCCCCGAUUUCUGGGUACAACUUAAAGAGCGAUAGCAUUACUUACCAUUAUUCUAAAAUAAAUGUAUUUUAAGCA